AUGGAUAUAAAUGUAAAUAAAAACAUAGAUAAAUCAUUGGAAAUUUCUAAUUUCUGUAAUGAUGAAAAUAGCCUAGAAGAGUACAAUGAAGAAAACUUUCAAGAAAAAAUGAAGUUAAAAUUACAUGUAAAGAAAAAACAAAAAGAAACAAAAGAUGAUAUAGUAGAAGAUGAAGAAGAAGAGGAAGAAUUUGUAAAAGAAGAAAAAAAUGAAGAGAUAUAUGAGAAUGAAGAUAAUGAGGAAGAAGAGGUAAAAAAAGAAAAAAAUGAAGAAAUAUUUGGGGAUGAAAAUGAGGAAAAUGAAGAGGAAGAGGAGGAAGAGGAGGAAGAGGAGGAUGAAGAGGAAGAAUAUUUAAAAGAAGAAAAAAAUGAAGAAAUAUUUGGUGAUGAAAAUGAGGAAAAUGAUGAGGAAGAGGAGGAUGAAGAGGAAGAAUAUUUAAAAGAAGAAAAAAAUGAAGAGAUAUACGAGAAUGAAGAUAAUGAGGAAGAAGAGGUAAAAGAAGAAAAAAAUGAAGAAAUAUUUGGGGAUGAAAAUGAGGAAAAGGAAGAGGAAGAAAAAAUAGAAGUAGAUAUGAAAUAUGAAGUGGAACAUAAAAAUGAAAUAAAUUUCAAUGAAAGAUGCGUGGGAGAUAACAAAGAAUAUGAUAAUUAUUUUAAAAAUGACUCAUUUAAUAACAACAUUUUUGAAAAUAAACACGCAUCAGAAGGAAAUAAUAUUGGUUCUUAUGAUGAUAUAAGUAAUGAAAAACAACAAAAUAUUGGAGGAACUUUGUUUUUUGAUAAAAAUGAAAACGACGAAAUGAUAGAAAGUAAUGAAAAUACAGUGAAAACUAAUGUAGACAAUGAUGAUACAUCUACAGAAUUAAUAAAAAAAAAAAAAAAAGGAAAAUUUAAUAAAAAAAAAAGAAAUUUAAGUGGAAGUGAAAGUAAUGAAGAAAAAAGUGAUGAUACAGAUGAAAAUACAUUAAGAAAAAAAAAAAAGAAAAAAAUGAUACGUUUAAAAAAAAGUAAAUAUAUUGCUAAUAUAGCUGAAGAAGUAGAAGAAGAAAAUGAAGAAGAAACAGAUAAUGGAAUAAACAGUGAUAAUGAUAUUAACAAAAAAAAAAAAUAUUCUUCUAAGAAAAUGGGUUAUAGUGAUAUAGUUGUAGAUGAAGAAGAAUAUGAAUUGGAGAAUGAUGAUUCUAAUAAAUUACAAAGGAAAAAGAAAAACUAUUUUGAUGAAAUAUUAGAAAAUUUGAAAUAUAGAAGAAAAAGGGCACCAAAAAUUUCGGAAGACGAUGGCAUUCAGUAUUGUGAAAAUGUUUUAAAUCAAAUGAUUUUAGUUCAUGAACAAGACAUAAAAAAUAUGAAAGAAAAAAAACCAGCAACAUCAAAACUUCAAAUAAUUGACGAAGUUUGCAAAAUUUUAACAAAACCCAAAUGGAAACCUUUCUUUAUGAAGUUAAAUAUAUAUCAUGUUUUAGCAUUGUGGCUUAUGCCCACAUCAAAAAAUACCUUGCCAAAUUUUACAAUUAGAACUAAUUUAUUAAAAGUUAUUCAGCAGUUACCAAUAACUAUUAAAUCAUUAAGAGGAAGUCAGCUAGGGAAAAUCAUGACAUAUCUACAUUCACAUAAAGAUGAAACAGAAGAAAAUAAAAAGUUAAUAAGAAAUAUUUUACAAAAUUGGAUGGGACCAAUUAUAGGAAUAAAUUCUAAUUAUAAACAAUUUUUAAAAGAAAGGCAAAAAAAAAUUAUGGAAAAUCCAGAAUUUCAUAAAAAAGUUCUUGAAAAAGCAAAAACAUUAAUACCAGAUUCUAUAUGUAUAGAAAAAGAAGAAGAACAAAAUGAAUUCAAAAGACAUGCAACUAUACCUUACAACAGUGAAUGUUCUUUUCUAAUUAAUGUACCUUCAUCUAUGCCUAAUUCAAGUAAAAAAAAUAUUCCAAAGAGUAAAAUUAAAAGAUUAACAGACAGCAUGAAAUUAAACAAGAGAUUCAGAAAAACACAAAAAGUAUCAAUUGAAGGCAAAGGUGUUGCUGUUGCACCCUAA